CGGCUCAUUAGGCAGAAGUAACAAUUAGAGCAGCGAAAUGAGCGGUGUGAAGGGAGAUAUGGAUCGGGAGUCAAAGCAAACACUGAAAUCGCAGUUUGGUAAAUAAAUCCUUCUCAUUCCCGAGGGUGUCUCACUUCCCAUACAUGUUAAACGCCAUAUAAAUGUUCCCGAGGCUGUUAAAGCAACUCAUUCAGUCGACUUUUACCUCCUAAAUGUGUUUCCGAUGGCUGAAGAGGCUUUACCACUGUCUCCGGCGGAAAUGUUCCCGGCGGAACCGGGGCUACAGCCGGGAGAUCUCCCUGAGCCACCGCGGCUUCUGCAGCGGGAGCUUCUCCAACCACCACGGCCGCGCCUCCUUCUCCUGCGGCCGGGAGGGCUCGGUCACCUACAGCCGGAGACCCCCGCCCUGCCCGCCCCGGCCGGCGCCAGCCCCCUUCAGCAUCUCGGGGGGCUUCUCGUGUGACACCGACGGGUCCCUCGUGGUGGCCAGCGGGGACUGUGGGGUCUCGUCUGGCUGGGAUGUGACGGUGGGCACGGUCCCGGUCUAUGGCUCCGGAGGGGGAGCGGGGUACAGCGGAGAGGGCGCGGCUCCUGCCCUGGGCAGCGCAUCCAUCCACCACGGAGGGGAUUUGGGAAUGGCUGGGGGAGCAGGGGCUGGGUAUGGAUACACCGCACCCCUGAGGGACACCCUGAGCACGGGGGGCGUCGCUGAGGGGUCGGGGUACUACGGGGGAUAUGGAACCGGGACAUUCCCAGGCCCAGAGCUCAGCCCUGCGGGCGGGGAAUGCGCCCAGGUGGUGCAGCAGAAGUGCCCCGUGGUUGUCCCCACCAUCAAGACCCAGCAGUGCAAGCAGAGCACCCACUGGCCCCCCAUCCAGAAGAAGUGACUGGCCCAGCCUUUCCCACAUCCCGAAAGUGCCCCUGGAUGUGCCACAAUGGAAUUUCCCCCUGACCACGCCACUAAAUCGCAUUCCUCACGUGGGGCUGUGCUGACAACAGUCCCCCCAGAACUGCUGGAAAAAAGGGUUUGUGCCGUGGUGAUGGGAAAAGAUUCUUUUCUCCAUCUCCUUUGGAUCAUGGGACAGAAAAUAAAACCUCACAGUGUGUGGGUAGUUUCAA